AUCCCCUUUACGAACCGUCACGACCCACGACUUUGCAAUGGCCGCAGGAGCAGCAAUCCCAGGGCUCUUCUUCACCUUCGUGGCGAUGGUCCUCCUCAUCUUCGCCUCAGUAUCCGCACCAACAUGGAACGCCGUAUCGUUCUUGAACGUCCCAGGCAUUCACUUCGGUGUCUUUGGCUUCACAGGGUCACAGACCCAUGUCGGCUACAACUUCCCCGCACCAGUGGGCGACAGUGAGCUGAACGACAGCACCUUCUACCGCCUCACCCAAACCCUCAUCCUCAUCCCAAUCGCUGCGGGCCUCGCUGGCCUUGCGUUCCUAUUCGGUGUCUGUGGCGCAGGCUACCACCGCGUCGGCACCAUCCUGAUGAGCCUUGUCUCUGCUCUUGCGAUGCUCAUCACGCUUGUCGCUUGGAUCCUCGAGAUGGUGCUUUUCGGCAUCGCCCACCACCACAGCCGCGAGCGGGGAGUCAACGCCACCUGGGGCAAUGCCAACUGGCUCGUCCUCGGCGCCCUCGUUGCGCUCUUCAUCGGAUUCGUGACCGCAACGUGCGGUGUAUUUGGAAGCUACCGCGCGCGCAGGCGCGCCUAAAUGCCUGGUGGGUGCCAGCCGGGAAGUAGAAAAUGAGCUUCUCGGCUUGCCUCGGUAUCCCCUUAUUCCCUUCAGUGUUUAUACCCCAUGCUUUGCGCUUUCGACUUUCGUUACCGGAAAGUUAUACGACUACCCAUACCGUACGAACUCUCUAUUCAAACUAAGUACCAUACACGCAGACACUUUAAUUCGAUAUCUAAUUGCACCUAUGUAUUUCAUUGCGAAAUU